AUGGGAUUGAAGCAGAAUGAAUUCACCACGCCUGGAUUGGGUCGAACGGCCUUCCUUGGGCAGCUUUACAACGGCAGCAGCGAGCAACUCUUGAAUACCCAGCUUUUCGAGAAGGCGGCCCUCGAAGCUUCCAUCCGCGAAGAGAAUCACCCAAGCACCAUGAUCUCGUAUUCCGACGUCAAGAGCCAGUCGGACCGUUCCAAAUCGCUGAAGAUUACGGCCGAGCUCGCUGUGUCCAUCAUGGGUGGCAUGAUAUCCUUAUCCGGCUCUGGUGAAUACCUGGACGCGAGCAAGUCGAACGUCUCCUCCCACGAAGUCUCCGCGACGUGCAUUGUACAGAAGAAGAACAAGCGCCUCGACAUCGGCCAGUGCAUCAAGCAACCGAAAUGGGAGCAGGUCUCUGCCAUGGGUGCCACCCACGUCGUGACAGCCAUUCGAUACGGUGGAACCUUGAUCGCCAACAUUGUCCAGAAGGAUUCGACCUCAGAAAGUGGCAGAGUGAUCAAAGGCAGCUUCAAGGCGUCGUUCAUGGAGGGCAUGGCAGGAAACUUCAGCGCGAGCGGGAAGGCGAGCGUGGACUCUGAUGAGAAGACGAAGGAGUUGAACUCGAGUUGUGAAUUUAAGGUUUAUGGUGAUUGGGCUUCAGCGGAGAUGGAAAUUCCAACCACCGUAGGCGGUGUCUUCGAAGUCAUCAAGAAAUGGCCGUCUCUCGUCGGCGACGGUGUUCCAUGCACCCUCACCCUUACCCCGAUAACCCAGUUCGUGGAUGGAUCGCCGGAGGCUUUGAUGCUCUACGAGCUCGAGCAACAUAAAUUGCUGAGCCUGUGCCAGGCAUACGACGAGUUCUUCCGCUUGGCUGGCCGACGCGCGAGGCUAGUGAGCUUGCUCGAAGGCGGGAUAGGCGACUUCUGCCCUACUUUCUUGGACGAAUGCCGUGAUAGGAAGCUCGCUGUCGACAAGGCUAUGGGGAAAGCCAGGGAGGAGCUCAGCAAGUUCCUCAUCUCGGUGAGAAAGGAGGGAGCAGACAAGGUAGAGGGCGUUCAGGCAUUCAUAGAUCGCAUUACCACGGAGUUCAAGGAUGGGAUCAAAAUCUGCACCAAAGAUGAAGCGAAGCUGGAGCUCCUCGUCGCCAUCAACUCUCUCACCCAAGCCCAGAAGGCUCCGUUGGCAUCAAUCAACGAGCUUCGAAACUCGAUGGCCAAGGUCGGCGGAGGAACUGUUGGAGUGGUAAUUAUCCCCCCAUCUCCGAAUAUCAAUAGCGCAACGAACACGUUCAACUUAUUGAUCAAGAGCAUUCGGUCUUGGCGCGAGGAUGAGGAUAAGAAAGACACAAACCCCGAUGGCACAGCAGCAAAGACAAGUUUCUCCGCAUUUUUUGCCGAUCCUGCGUUCGAUGCCGAUUUCCGCGCUCUUGACGGACCUAAACGCGCACUUACGAAGGGCCUUGAGGAGGCCCAGAAGAGCGGGGAAUCGAGGUUUAUUCAUUACAGCCUAUUGCCACACCAGCCUGUGCAGAAGGAGUACGACUGGAGUCUCCUCAACGACGAAGGCUGGGGGUUCCUUACCAACCAGUCGGAGGGCCACUACUACGUUGGUCAAGUACGAUCUGGAAAGCGACACGGGCGUGGUACAAUCACGUACGCCGAUGAAUCAGUUUACUCCGGCGAUUGGUGGGAGGAUGCACGGCACGGCGAAGGGAAAUUGGUUAAUGCUGAUGGUUCGGAAGAGGCGAACGGGGUCUUUAUCAACGACAUCUACCAGGUCGACGGCGUGGUAGUGAAGAUGACGAUCGUCCUGAAGAAUAACGUCCCCAAGGUUUCGUACAAACUCCCCCUGCGAAAAUACGACGCAACGCCUUCGCAUAUUCUACGGAUAGGAGAAAUGCUUGGCUGGAAGGACGAAAAUGAAUUCCGCGUGGAAGUAAUCCCUAAGGGCAAACCUGCGGCGAUGAAGUUGAAGGUCAGAGGGAAGCGGUUAGAACCCGGUCAGGAUGAUAGCCUAAAGGUCACGCCCUGGCCUUUGGACCAGGGCGUUGUCGAGGUCAAGGCGUUCGUACGAUAG